CACACUCGGUAUAGCGAGACUAUAUAUCAAACAGAUUUGAACAAACUUGUUCAUAACUGUUAAACCAAUGGUUAAGCCAUCAUCUCACUAUCAGCUUGGGUUGGCGAAGACUAGCAAUAAAUCAGACUACAAAAAUCAAGAUACGCGCUGAAAAUCAGAGGCUUUAGAUAUGCAGUAUAUUCUGGCUCUAGCUGCCGCUCUCUUCGUGAUGUCAACAGUGCAGGGUUUAUCGACAAAUGAUUCUCCUGUCUGUUUCGACGAGCACCGCGUAUCCUAUAUCCCCUGCUCUAAUGAAACGAAUUUUGAACCUUCGGUAUGUGAUUGUGGAGACAAAGUCAAAGGUUGUUAUGUGAAGCUUGAGAUCACAGGUGGUAAUAGUAGUUUCAAAAUUAAUAAUGGUAGAUUUGGCCCCACGAUUAUCGUAAAACACAAAGGAAUAUUAGCCGUUGAUGUCAUCAAUAAGAUCGAUGAAGUGACUUCGAUACAUUGGCAUGGGAUGCAUCAGAGAAAUGUUCCCUGGAUGGACGGAGUGGCAAAUAUAACGCAAUACGCAAUUCCCAAAGAAGGUGGAAAAUUCAGGUAUGCAGGGGGUAAACAGAGAUACACGUUUCAUUUUAGAUAUAUAUUCCGGGCUCAUCCUUCGGGAACUCAUUGGUAUCAUUCCCACGUGGGAUAUCAAAGAGAUCACGGAAUCGUAGGAGCUUUAAUCGUGAGAGAAAAUGAAGGAAUAUUGGACAAAUUGAGCAAUUUCCCGCCCCUGAAGGGAGAGAGUAUUCAAGAUUUCCCAGAGAAUUCCACGUUGUCUGUUACAGAACACCUGGAAUCUGGACAAGGAGGCGUUUGUAUGCUGGAUAAAUCCCGGUCACCACAACUUAAUAAAAAAAUUUCCGCAUUCCUAAUAAAUGGCGUUGUACUAAGAGGAUCUGUAGAUGAAGGAAUUCAUGAGGGACCAUAUUAUACGGUGGAGAAAGGGAAAAACUACAGAUUUCGAGUGAUUGGCGCCAUGGAGGAGACCGUCUUUCGCAUUUCUAUCGAUGACCAUAAAUUGAUCGUUGUGUCCACGGACGGUUAUCUUACAAAACCUUUUGAAACUGACGUUUUACACGUUCAUGUCGGCGAACGAUACGAUUUUGUUGUGAAGACACGGGACGAUUUCGAACCAGGGACAAUUUUUCCAAUUCGAAUCGAUUCGGUGGCGGUCAAAUGCCAAAACCGCAGUAUGCCGGAAGUCAGUGGCAUCGCUUUUCUAAAGUAUAAAGGAAACGCGGGAAUUGUAAGAGAUCACCCCUGCACGGGAGAAUGUAUAGCGUUGAACUGUCCUUUCCAGAACUACCCUGAGGAUUAUGUUCCAUCGUAUCGUUGCAUCAACGUGUACAACGCUCUUAGCUUGCUAGUUCCAACCCCUCCAAAUGAACUUCCAGACGACCCACUAGUACAAGAGUUUUUUUUCGACUUCAUAUUCAACCAGGGCCCAACGAUCAACAGUGUUAAAAAUGGGUUACCAAGCAUACCUUUCGACAUGAGCGUUGGACGCGUUCCAGGCGAAUGCGCGUAUAACCAAAACCCGCCCUGCGGUGGCGUUGAAUGUCCGCACGCGGUUUAUGUUAAACAAAUAAAUCGUUCAAAGUCCAUCGAAUUCGUCUUCUCCUCGCUACCAAGAAGUCAAAGAGAAGAUAGUAUAUUAAAUCUGGCAACACAUCCUAACCACAUGCACGGUCAUUCAUAUUGGGUGACAAAAAUCGCCUACCCAGAGUAUUUCGCGAAUGGUACAAUAGAAAAAGCGAACGAUGAUAUAAAGGUACCAGAUUGUGGACAUGGUAACUGGAGUGAGGGUAGACCACAUAUACCCCCUGUUAACGACACAACGAUACGCAAGGAUGUGAUCAUCAUUCCUGCUGGUGGUUAUGUUGUAGUUAGGUUCCGUGCAACGAAUCCAGGAUGGUGGAUCAUGCAUUGUCACAUUGACCCUCAUCUUAACAGAUGGGAUGGCGAUUUCCAUAGGGGAAGAAACCGACUGUCAGAAUCCACCACCGACUGCAAUGAAUGACUCAGCAACCACAGAAUUCUGCUGGAGUGUUGAAGAAUUUAAAGUAAAGGAGGAGCAUAUCGUGUGUCCAAAGAGCACCGAAAAACCUCCAGUGAUCGCCGACGAGGAGCAAGUUCAAAAUGAACCGGCUAAAGAAUUUGAUGUCAAGAGCGAGAUGGACGACGGUAAAUCUGCUGGCGAGAACUAUGAAGAGGAAUGUCUGAAUCCAAGAAAGCUUCUGGGGAAGCAAAUGAAGAAAAAACAGAAAUGGUUUUAGAAAGAACAAUCUCUUUCACGUUUUCAUAUAAUACUUGAGAUAGUUUGUAGUUUAGGGAUGCAGUCUUAGAUUCACGGGGAUUUUGAAUUGUUCGUAGCCUACGCAACAUUUAAUUACAUAGGUUGUAUAAGGUAUAUUCUAAACGUUUUGUAUUGCCCACUUGGGCCUAAAACUUUACCAUUUCGCACGUUUAACAUUUCAACAACGUACAUAGUCAUUGUUUUUCUUG